GUUGUGUCCUCUUGUGUCGGUUGUCGGCUUUCGUAGUUUCUUGUGAAAGGUUUUCUCGGUUGUUGUGUGACGAAUAUUUAUAUCAUAAUGCCUCCUAAAAGGCGUGAUAAGGAAAGCGAUUCCUCUAAAAAUUCCAGGGCAGACCUCGUGCAAGCUGAUCAUGAGUUAUUUCUUCAGGCGUUCGAAAAACCUACUCAGAUAUACAGAUUCUUACGAUCUCGCAAUGUACUAAGCCCGAUUUUUCUGAAUCGCACCUUAACCUACAUGAAGAAUCGUAUGUCCCGAUCCAACAAGUCGAGAAAGAAUUUCCGUAUCGACUCCAUUUUAGAAAGAGUGCAGCGAUCACAAGGCAACAGUAGCAGCCAGCUUCUAGCUGGGUAUAUGACACUCACCUUUCUGGGUUUCUAUGACAAAAAAGGUGAAAGCCAACCAGACCCUGUUCAAGUGGAAACUUUGCUUUUGAAGAUCUGCCACAAAAAAAGAAAAGACGUAUCAUGUCCAGUUCAAACGAAAUCGUUGGGGACUUGCUACGUAGCGUAUAACCCAUCAGAAGACAAUCCUCCACCCAAGGUGCCAGCCUUGUCUAUUCCUACAGAGUGUUUCAGCCUCACUGAGGGCAAUCAGGCCAAGUCUUACCAUCUCCUGCUGCGAGUCGGCAAUGCUGCUGCUGGGAACAUGACCAAUGGCGACAUUGAUUCUGAACCUCCUCACAAGAGACGCAAGUCUCUGAAGGCCGAGGGAGAGGAAGACAACCAGUGGCACCAGUACGGCACCGACCUCAUCAUCUAUGACAAGCAGAACAGGUGUUUGCUGUCAGAUGGGCAUUACGAACUGCUGUUGGAACCUAUGACUCCGGGCAGUAAAACAUCCAUUGCCCUCUCCUCCUGGGAGUACAUCGGCCACAUCAAAGAGGAGCAAAUAGAGAACCAAUUGUCCACAUCAUUUGAACAGUUCAGCACAGGUCCCACUAUCAAGUUUUUUCUGAGAUGGUCGAGAGAGCCUGUGACAACUCUCGUAGACCGACCGAAGCCAAUCAGUGUGAAGCAGGUGGAGGCGGAGGCAGCAGACAACAAAGAAGCUAGCAAGGAGGUUGACAGGCCAGACAAGAAACUGCAGAUAGUGUACCAGUUCCUGUACAACAACAACAGCAGACAACAGACGGAGGCGUGUGAGGAUCUUCACUGUCCGUGGUGUUCACUGGACUGUGACUCUCUCUAUUGUCUACUCAAACAUCUCAAACUGUGUCACUCUAGGUUCACCUUCACCUAUGUUCCUAUCCCUGGAGGUGCCCGGAUAGACGUGGCUAUCAAUGAGUAUUACGAUGGCUCCUACUCAGGCUGUCCACAAGACCUGAUCUCACAGCCGCCAGGUGGCGCCUUCUCUCGCAACGGACCCGUCCGCCGCACCUGUGUGUCCAACAUCCUCGUGUGUUACCCCAAGCGACCUCACCCAUCGCUCUCGGAGUUCCUGGAACUUGACGAGAAUGAGUUUGAUGGACAGAGGCCUUACAUUACUGGACACAACAGGUUAUAUCAUCACACAACAACAUGUCUACCAAUAUAUCCCAAAGAAAUGGAUGUUGACAGUGAAGAUGAAAAUGAUCCUAAAUGGCUGCAAACCAAAACCAUGAUGAUGAUAGAUGAGUUCACAGAUGUGAACGAAGGAGAGAAAGAACUCAUGAAGAUGUGGAACCUUCAUGUAAUGAGGCAUGGUUACGUGGGAGACUGCCAGAUUCCGUUGGCGUGCAACAUGUACCUACAGGCCAAGGGGAGGGAGCUGUUAAAGAAGAACCUGUAUCGCAACUUUGUGCUACACAUGUGCAACCUCUUCGACUUUGGUCUCGUCAGUCCUGUGACAGUCUACACGACUAUCCAGAAACUGCAGGAGCUGGUGGAAGAGGAUGGUGAUGAGAGCAAGGUGUUGCAACAGUCUUGCCAGGCGCAACGGCAGCACUGGGUGACGGAGGGAGCUAUCAGAGCGCAGGAGACACGGAGAAUCAACAGUCCGGCCGCACAGAACCCCACAGAGCGGCGCAAACCGUCCUCCGUCCAGCCCAAGGCAGAGAAGCGGCCUGUGACUCAGGAUGUGAGCAAGAAACGAACAAGUGAAGGCCCUGCCUCCCCCUCCCCCGCCCCUCCUGCCAAGAAGAAGCUCAACAUCGGCUUAGUAAAACCUAAUGUGCCUGUGGAAAGCGGGAAAGAGAAAAAGAAACCAGAGAAGAAUCCUGGCUUAGAAAAACCAGGCGAGAAAGAUAAGGACAAGAACGAUAGUGCUAAGAGGAAAAUUGCCUCGAACGGUGUUCCUGUAAGUAUACCUAGACCACAACCUAUGCCUGCAAACAAAGAUAAGGAGUCAGCUGCCAUCAAAUUGAGAAGGAAGUCAUCCAAUCCAGUGGAGUCAAGCAACCCAGUUGUGUUGUUGAGGCGGAAAUCAUUUGCUGGCGCAACCGACGCUCUCAGGAAAAAGACUUUGGAAAACGGCACGUCCAGUACAGUAGUAAAUGCGACCAAGGGUGGUGGCAGCUAGUCAAUGAUUUUAUAUGCUUAGUUCACAGCUCUGCUCUCAGUACAAUCUCAGUGUCUUGAAUUCAUAUACCAUAACUUCAUCUCAGGAUUUACUUAGCUUAGAUAGGAAAAGGUAUGCGGUAUUUACUAAACAGGCCUACUUAAAACAUAUUUUUUUAAGUAUUGUGAGUAUUUCAGGAUACAAGACAAGUAAAUAUGUUUUGUUUUUUUGUGAUGGUAGCAGGUUUACCUUAAUGGGAAAGUGUCCACUCUUGCUCAAUGGAAAUUAUUUCUUGUGACAGAGAGAACUCUCCCAUUUUAGCAUGUUAUCCUCACAAAAAUCCUUAAAACACAGUCCAUUGUGCUGUUUAAAAUUUUCAACUUUAAAAUAUUUGUACUACAGUAUACAAGAUAUUAAAGGACUAAAUCUUUUUGAAAAUCAUAAAAACCCACCGCUAUUUUUAGUGUAACCGCUGUGUAAAAACACCGGUUUUACUCAUAAUUUCAA